AGCGGUGCCCACCGCCUCACAGAGGCGCCGGGGGGCGGGGCCGCCAUGACGCGGCCGUUGCGGCCGUUGCGGGGGGCGGGAGAUUUGAACGGCGGCGCCGCCGGGCACCAUGAGGCGGCUGCGGCACGGGGCGGAAUAUGACAUCCAAGAGAAGAUUAACUUUGAAAUCCGCAUGCGAGAAGGCAUCUGUAAACUACUUGCAGUGAGUACGCAGAAAGACCAACUUCUGCAAGCAGUUAAAAACCUGAUGGUUUGCAAUGCUCGUAUACUUGCAUACCGGGCAGAGCUACAGAACCAACCUGGAGAGCCAGUCUCAAUCGGAACUGAGGGGCGAUUGUCAGGCACUAGGACGAAAGACCGGGUGGCAUGCAGAGCAAAAGUUGCUCUAUCAGAUAUCCGAAUACCAUUAAUGUGGAAAGAUUCUGAUCAUUUCAGCAAUAAAGAAAGAUCACAGCGCUAUGCAGUGUUUUGUUUGUUCCGAAUGGGAGCUGAGGUUUUUGAUACAGAGGUGGCUAUUGUGGAUAAAGCAAUUACAGAUAUCUGUUUUGAAAAUGUAACCAUAUUUGAUGAAGCAGGACCAGAUUUCCAAGUGAAGGUUGAAGUGUAUAGCUGCUGUGCAGAGGAGUCUUUAUAUGUGACAAACACUCCUAAGAAACUAGCAAAGAAGUUUAAAACAUCCCUCAGCAAAGCUACGGGCAAGAAACUCAAAGCUGCACUGGAAGAAGACAGCACUGAGUCCCUUUUGCUAACUGACCCAGUCAUACAUGGAACAAAGUACAACUUGCUAGCAUAUACGACUUUGGGGCUGGAGAAUGCUGAGAAUGGUUUCAGGACCCACAACCUUACCAUUACAGGAAAUGAGGAAUCUUCUUUUUGGCUCCCCCUGUACGGAAACAUGUGCUGCCGUUUAGUUGCUCAGCCUUCCUGUAUGACUAGGGACAUGAUGGCAGGAUUUCUGAAUCAGCAGCAAAUGAUAGGAAGUUUAACUAGCUGGAGGAGGCUGUACUGCGUACUGAGAGGUGGAAAGCUCUUUUGUUAUUACUCACCAGAAGAAAUUGAGGCUAAACUGGACCCAGCAUUGACAGUUUCCAUCAACAAGGAAACCAGAAUUCGAGCUGUGGAUAAGGACUUGAAGAGAAGAACUAUUAACUUUUCUGUUACCAAUCCUGUGUCUGGAGAGGCUGUGACUCAACUUUUUGCUACUGAUGGUAGGGAAGAACUUCAUAACUGGAUGGAGGCUUUCUGGCAGCACUUCUAUGAUCUGAGCCAGUGGAAACAUUGUUGUGAAGAACUUAUGAAAAUUGAGAUUAUGUCACCACGGAAACCACCUUUGUUCUUGACAAAAGAAGCGACCUCCGUCUACCAUGAUAUGAGCAUUGAUUCUCCAGUGAAACACGAGGGCUUAGCUGAUAUCAUACAAAGGAAAAUUGAACAGAGCGAUGGCGAGUUCCUCCUUUGCCAGCAAAAAGAGUCUGCAUCUUCCUUAUGGGCUUCACUCUUUGAUGGAUCUCAUGAAGUGGUUGUUCAGAAAAACAUGCAUCCAGCCCCCAAAAGAGAUACUGCAAGUCCCAGCGAUGGCAGAGGGAAGAAAAGAAGAGCUCCACUACCACCCUCUGAUAAGUCACCAUACGGUGCAAAAGCACAAGUGGACACACAGCAACUUGCCUUGCAACUUGGCAAGGAAAACUGGGAGAAGCCUGACAGCGCACCUUGUAGUAGUUCUUUGGAUUCAGAGUUACCUAUGGUAACACACUUGCAGACACCUGUUGCUGCUCCUCGCAAAAUUGGCCCUUGUAGAAAAAACUGUUCAUCUGACCAUGGAAAUCCCAUUUCUUUGGUUGCCAAGACAGAGUCUGAAACGAAACCAGUACCAACCCCUAGGCAGAAAUACAUCACAGAAAUGCUAGACCCUAGAUCAUGGUUGUAGCCACAGGCAUAAUCAUUAGCUUAAAAGAGUCCCUGGAAUUUUAAGUUCCUCAGUCUUAAUACUAUAACUUUUGUGUGAAAAUAGAUUUUACCAUACAGCUUGUAAGUAUUGAGUUUAAAGUCUUUUUGGUUUAGUUUCCUGUCUUUUAGCCAGGACGUUACUACUAGCUGCAUUCUCAGCUGUACUUGUUAUUGGUAACAUCUAAAUAAUUGCACUAGUAAUGGGGAAUGGUUCAUAUGAAAUAAUGAUGCCACUUCUGAAACAGUGGUUUGGUACUUUUUGCCUUGAAAAGUUGGCAGUAUUCAGGGUAUCUCGGUGUCCCUGCACAAGGGAUUUUACUGUUGCCUUCUACCAGUCCCACAGCUUAUCCCAUCUGCAGCUCCUCCAACUAGUUCAAUUGGGAAUUUCACACAUUCAGCGCCAGGCUCGCAAAAAUGAUUUUCUUGGGCUCCAUGCUUCGCUUCACCUGAAAUAUUCUCAUAUCUCCCUCGCUGUUUGGGAACCGCUGCUUAUAAGAUAACGUACUGUGA